AUGACAAUUCUUGGUUCAGGAUGGCAGAGGCACUUCCAAAAAGACAGGGGGGUAUCUGUAAAUGAAAGUAUGAUAGCAUACAAGGGUCGAACAGGUUUGCUGCAGUAUAUGCCAAAUAAGCCACAUAAGAGGGGGAUCAAGUCAUGGGGUCUGGCAGACAGCAGGACUGGGUACAUGUUGAACUACCUGUCAAGGAUGCUCGACCCAAUGCUGCAAACUGCUUCAGGGAGGAAAAAGCCAAAAGCAGUUCAAUUGCACAGUCAGCACAUGGGAGGCGUGGACCUGGCAGACAAGCAACUGCAGUAUUACAUGGUGCUCCACAGGUGUUGUAAGUGGUGGAAAAAGGUAUUUUUGUACUUCAUGGAACUUUCUUUCAACAAUGCACUUGUCAUCUACAAAGCUGCACACCCAGGUAAGAGGGUCAAUUCUGAGAAAUUUACAUUGGUCGUUGCAACAAAGUUUCUGGAGGGAUAUGAUCGACUUGAAGGAGUCCAUGAACUUGAUCAUAACAGUAAACUACGGAUCACUAUAUAUUCUGGGGAUCCCUGA